AUGGCUCUCUCAAGGAACCACACUAUUAUUUUCAUGCUAAUCAUCCUUGCAACGACGUCAUCUGCGUCUGCGCUCUUAUCACCCAAACAUGUUGUUAUCAUCAACAAACUUGUGACGCGUGCGACAUUGACCGUGCAUUGUAGAAACAAAGGUGACGAUAAGGGAUUUAUUUCACUUGGACCAGGACAGAGUUUUGAUUUCAGAUUUCGUGUUAACCUCCGCAAAACAACGGUAUACACUUGCAAUUUUGCUUGGCCUGGCAAUACAGCGACGUUUGAUAUUUUUAGAGCUGAUCGUGACGAUAAUCCGAAGAGCAAAGUUGGAGUUUGCAGAGAAUGUAUUUGGAGCAUUUACGAGCCAGCACCAUGUAGGGAUAGACGUGAUGGUGGUCAACCUAACUGUUUCCCAUGGGCUUCUUAA